AUGCCGUUUGUCCAAGCCAACACCCAUAGUCUUCACUAUUCCGACUCUCACCCUACCGGCCCGCCAACUCCAACUGGGCUCACAUUUAUUUUCAUCCACGGUCUGGGGUCUUCACAAAACUAUUACUUCCCUGUGCUCCCGCAUUUGACAUCAAAGCACCGAUGCAUCACUAUCGACACAUACGGUUCCGCGCGUUCCACAUACACCAAUGACCCGGUUUCCAUCCCGGGGAUCGCAGCCGAUGCUAUCGCUGUGCUAGAUGAACUGAAAAUCCCCAAGGCUGUCGUGGUCGGUCACUCCAUGGGUGGAUUGGCAGUCACGGAGAUAGGAGCGCGGUACCCGGAUCGGGUGCUCGGUGUCGUAGCGAUUGGGCCGAUACAUCCGUCCGAGAUGUUAGAGUCAGUUAUGAGUAAGAGAGCGGAGACUGUUUUGGAGAGUGGCAUGGAACCCAUGGCCAAUUCUAUUCCUUCUGCAGCCGUCGGAUCCCGCAGCACCCCACUUCACAAAGCCUUUAUCCGCGAAUUGCUGCUUGGUCAGGAUCCGAAAGGAUACGCGGCACUUUGUCGGGCCAUCUCUGCCGCUCAGCCGGCUGAUUAUGCUGCUGUGAUGGCUCCGUUCCUGCUUAUCGCUGGUGAGGAGGAUAAGUCGGCAUCUAUGGAGGGGUGUGAGCAUAUCUUCCAGCAUGUUUCGAGCGAGAAGAAGUCGCUUGAAGUGUUGAAGGGAGUGGGACACUGGCAUUGCAUUGAGGCUGCUGAUGAAGUUGGCUCGCUCAUUGCACAAUUUGCGAAUGGGAUUGUGGUUUGA